AAAAGUUUCAUAUUUUUAAAAUAUUUGGAAAAUUGGAACAGAAGGAAAAUGAAACUGUGUUGAUAGCUCAUAAGUUAUUGAAAGUUGAAGAUGUACCUGAUAGUUUGAAUAUGCUAUCAUUGUUAUCUGCAGUAGUACGUCCUAUGUAUUAUCAGUACAAACAGCUCAAAUAGUACAAAUAUUUUGUCAAAUUUCUUUUUUCUCUGUGUGCCAACUGUAAAUGUUAAGGACUACUUUUAAUAUUCUAACAAGUUCAUUGUCUAAACAAAACAUGAGUAUAUUUAUGCAGUGUUUAAAUCCUCUUACGGGUAUUGCUACAUGGGAGGAAAAGGAUCAAUAUUACGAUUAUCAUCAGGAAGUAGCUAGGUCUGCAUUUGCAGACAUGCUACAUGAUCAUGAGCGAAAUGAAAAGUAUUAUAUUGCUCUAAAAGCAGCUAUCAUAAAGAAGCAUCAGGCAGGAGAAGAGGCUAAUGUGUUAGAUAUAGGCACUGGUACAGGAUUAUUAUCAAUGAUGGCAGCCAAAUGUGGUGCUGAUACUGUAACUGCAUGUGAGGCUUUCACACCAAUGGCCAACUGUGCUGUGAGAAUAAUCAAAGAAAACGGCCUCGAAGAUAAGAUUAAGUUAAUUUGCAAACGUUCUACGAAAAUGACGAUCGGGAAGAAUGGCGACAUGCCAAAGCGCGCAAACAUUCUAGUUACCGAGGUAUUCGAUACGGAGUUGAUCGGUGAAGGAGCUUUGUCAACAUUUCGACAUGCUCACGAGGUUCUUCUCGAGGGAAAUAGUAUUGUCGUACCACACAGUGGGACAGUAUGGGCGCAGGUAGUCGAGAGCUCCAGAGUUUGCGCUUGGAAUCGAGUAAAACCUAUUCAAGGUGGAAAGGAUAUAUUAGUCAAUGCUCCGCCAGCUAUCCAAGCAUGCUCUGGUGCGGCAGCAGUACACGACAUGCAGCUAUCUCGUAUUCCUCGUGAUGCUUUUAUGCCAUUGCUAAAACCGCAACCUAUUUUUAGGUUCGACUGGUCUGGCAAGAAACCUCUGUUAUAUGAUGAAAAGGUGUCAUUACGCGCACAACCGAUAGCAACUGGGGUCGCGCACGCGAUUUUUAUGUGGUGGGAUUUAAAUAUGGAUAUGGAUAAUCAGAUUCUGCUGAGCUGCGCACCUGUGUGGGAACAUCCAGAUACCCCUGAUAAUAUAAAGGAUGAUACUGAGCGUUUACAGGAGAUGGCAAAUUUAAUACCUUGGAGGGAUCACUGGAUGCAGGCCGUAUAUUAUCUCCCGGAACAGGUGCCAAUCACGCAAGGCGUCGAAGUGAACCUCGUCGGAUAUCAUGACGAGUAUUCUUUCUGGUUUAAAUUGCUCAAGGGAUCAGUAGAGAAGAUUCCAGAAUGCCCAAGACCCGUAUGCAACUGUUGUGCGCAUGUUGCAUAUUCGAGAACGCGCAUCGGUCAAUUGAAUGACACAAAUCGCAAUGAGAAGUAUAUACGGGCUUUGCGGAAGAGGAUCACGGCAAAUAGCGUCUGCCUUUGUCUCUCGGACGGUUGCUUAUUAGCACUCGCGGCUGCGAGACUGGGCGCCAAGGUAUUUCUCUUAGAGCAGAACUUUUUGUCGCGCAAAACCACGGAGAUGUUCCUGCAAGCGAACGGCCUCGCCGAGCGGGUGAAAAUCGUCGAAUCAAUCGAAGAUCUGCCAGAGGCACGCGACAUCAAUUUUGUCUUCGGAGAACCGUACUUCUUAAAUUCCAUAGUGCCCUGGGAAAAUUUACGAUUUUGGUACCUCGCCUCUAGAUAUCCGUCGAGCGUCGUACGGAUGCCGAUUGUGGCGACAAUUAAAGCCGUCGCCGUUGAGUUCAAAGAUCUACAGAAGAUAAGAGCACCUCUUGGCGUAUGCGAAGGUUUUGACUUGUCUUGUUUCGAUACACUUGUGCAGACUUCUAGUGAACAAAGCGAUAAUCCCAUAGAAGCACAUCCACUCUGGGAAUAUCCUUGCAAGGCGUUAUCGGCGUCCUUUAACAUCAUAGAACUUGAUCUUACGCGUAAUGUAAAUUUUGAUGAGCGUAUUCAAGUGUCGGGCGAUGUUCCGUUCUUAGACAGCGGUUCCUGUAAUGGCGUUGCUUUAUGGGUGGAUUGGCAAUUGGACACCGAGAUAUCGGUGUCCUGUGGCCCGAUCGAGGAAAUAGUGCCUGGCAAAUGCGUGUCCUGGGAUCCAUACACGAGACAAGGAGUGCAUUUAUUCCGUAAAAUUUGUGACGUCACUAAAGGAAGCAUGCUUUCUUGGACGUUUACCUUUAUCCCGCAACACGGUGAAGUCGAAUUCAAUUUUAAUUAUUAAGGAACGUUCGAAUAUGUAUAAAAACAGUAAAGCUGUAAAAAUAGAAAUUUGACUGAAAUAUCAGAAGUGCAAAAUGUGCUUGAAGUGCUGAUAAUGUUCUUACAUGCUAAAGUAUAUUAAAAUUUAUUGUAAGUAUAAAUAAAGAGAUUUUAUUGCGA